AUGGCGUUCAAACCUGCAAUAAUGAGUGUCUCCCUUGGCCGGGGAUGGCUACACGACUUCGACGAGAAGAUGGAGCAAGCUGCCAAAGCCGGUUUCCAAGGCAUUGAGAUGUUUGUAGAGGAUAUUGAAUACCUUGCACGAAAAAUUGCCAACAAAGCUGCCUCGGAAGAACCCACGGAUAGCGAGCUUCUGACUGCUGCGAAACAUGCUCGGGCAACCUGCGACAAGAAUAAUCUUGUUGUAAUCACACUGCAACCAUUUUCGUUCUACGAAGGGCUUCUUGAUCGUAAACAGCACAGAUACCUUCUGGACACCAAACUCAAGUUGUGGUUCCAAAUGGCCAAGAUCUUCGGCACGACUAUGAUCCAGGUCCCUGCCAACUUCUUGCCAGCCUCGCAAAUCACCAGCGAUCGAGACGUGAUCGUCGCCGACCUACAGGAACUCGCAGAUUUAGGAGCAGCAGAGAACCCUCCUGUGGAAUUUGCCUAUGAGAACCUCUGCUGGAGCACUUACAACAGCACCUGGCAAGACGUCUGGGAAAUAGUACGGCUCGUGGACCGGCCAAACUUUGGCCUAUGCUUAGACACGUUCAACAUAGCUGGACGUGCUUGGGCGGACCCGACAUCUCCUACUGGGAAAAAUCCAAAUGCAGAUCAGGAUUUCCGACGCAGCAUGGCAGAGCUGGUGAGCUCUGUAGACCUGAAGAAGGUGUUCUAUAUUCAGGUCGUGGAUGCUGAGCGAAUGGAUGCGCCUUUGAUCAAGGGCCAUCCAUAUCAUGUUGAUGAGCAGCCCCCUCGGAUGAGCGAUGUUCUUGCUCCACAUGAAGUCUCUAAACUUGACAAGCACGGAUACGUUUUUGGGAACAAGUUGGAGAAGUCGCUAGCUCCUUUUACCCAUGACUUAGUCUUCAGAAGUCUGGAUCUCCGAUGGGGCCAGGUCCGACUGGAAAAGCCUACAAUUCCGGAGUUCCUACAACUUAUUAGACACCCAGAUUGCUAUGGCUCUGCAGUUACGAUGCCACACAAAGUGGCGAUUCUUGAACAUCUCGAUGAAAUGACCGAACAGUGUCGUGAUGUGGGUGCUUGCAACACGGUUUGGUUCAAGGAAGUUGAUGGUCGCCGAAUUCUCUGCGGCACCAAUACGGAUGUCAUUGGCAUCCGGGACUCCUUUACUCGGAACGUCGCGGACCCGGAUCAAGUCUAUCAUGGCCGACCUGCCCUUGUUAUUGGCGGCGGCGGCGCAGCCCGGAGCGCCAUAUAUGCACUCCAGAAGUGGCUGAAGGUUACCAAUAUCUACCUCGUAAAUCGUGAUGACGAGGAGGUGAAGGUAAUGCUUAAAGAUUUCGCCGACAAGCCAUACAGAGAAAGACUUGUUCAUGUUGACUCCGUUGAAAAGGCACUGGAGCUUGAAACCCCUGGUGCUAUUGUGGCCUGUAUUCCUGACAAUGAGCCCAAGUCAGAAGGGGAGCUUCUUGCAAGGAGCAUCACAGAGGAAUUCCUCCAGCGUGAGAGGAAAGGUGCUAUUCUGGAAAUGUGCUACAACCCUACACCCUUUACAAGAUUACAGGGCUUGUCAAAGAAAAAUGGCUGGAAGGUCCUCCUGGGUACAGAAGCAUUAAUUUGGCAGGGAAUUGCACAGGAUGAGAUUUGGGCGGACCAGCUUAUAGAUAGUGCUGUUAUUGAGAAGGUUCAAGCAGCAAUUGCUGCAAAAGUUCAGGAUAAAUAG